AUGUGGGCUCGGUUUCUGCCUCUCCUCACUGCUGUGGUGGCACGCACCCCUGAGCAGGUUGCGGAGAACGCUCGGUGGCUGGUCCACGAAGCGUCCUGGGGAACUUUGUCGUCCCUCGAUGCGUCCUCCGAGCCGGUCGGCGACACUUUGUCGUUCUCUGAUGGCGCCGUCGGGAAUUCUACAGGACGGUUUUUCUUCUACCUCUUGGGUGACUACGAAGACAGCUUGCCUGCUGCAUUGACGAUCAGUCAGGCAGCGCUCAACUCAUCUUGCGGGAGCAUCGUCCCCACUCGUGCGGAGCAUGACCCCGAGGAUCCCCGAUGCGGGCGCUUGACUGCCACGGGCGUGCUAAAGAAGGUCUCUGGCGAGGAUGAGGUGCUGGGGAGGGCGGGGCUCUUCGCACGCCAUCCUCAGAUGGCUCACUGGCCCGCUAGCCAUGACUUUCGGGUGCAUGAGUUGGUGCCUUCGGACAUUUGGAUCCUGGAUGCCUACGGCGGGGGUCAGAUCGUCAAGCUCUUGGAUUUUCUCUCAGCCAAGCCGAAGCACACCACGCCGUGGGAGGUUCCCCUUCGCGUCAGCGGCGAGCGGUGGGGCACCCCUCCACCGUUUUCUCGGCCGGCCCAGCGAGCGAGAUGGCUGGUCUACCACAGCCUUUGGGGCACCGUGAGCACCAAGUCGGUUCGCCUGCACGGCGCCCCAUGGGGGAAUGCACGCUCAGUGGCCGACGGUGUCGGCGCCAACAGCACGGGCUUGCCGGUGUUGUACCUACCAACGCCUGAUCCUACAGCAGUGGAUGUCGCUGCCGACAGCCAUGUCACGAUAUCGCUGACCGAGGCAGCACUUCCGGACCGUGUCAGCCCCAGGGGCAUCUGCAAUGGGAUGGAUCCUGAAGACCCCACUUGCGCCCGCAUUGCACUUACAGGCACACUUCGGGCGCUGACAGGUGACGAGGUGACCCAAGCCGAGGUGAAUUUGGGUGCCAGGCAUCCCCUUGCACCUUGGUUGGCCCAGGGCGGUGCCCACACCGGCGGCCAGUAUUUCACCAUCGACCUGAAAAGCAUCACUUUCCUGGACUUCUACGGUGGCCCUGCGAAGGUGACCGUGUCCGAGUAUCUCCGUGCUGUGCCACAUGAGAUCAUGGUUUGA